AUGACAAGGACAAGCCCCCGAUCCAGCGGCCAUGAAUUGCCACAAAUGCCAGCGGCAUUGGAAUCUUAUCAACAAGAGCGGCCGCUGGGCCCGGGAAUGUCCAAAAUUCUGGCCCAACAGAGAUUGAGUGCUGUGGAUUACGAUGGUGAAGAGAUGAAGAGACGAACAAGAAUUGCCUAUAUGGUGCUCGGUGCGGUGCUGCUGUGCAUUUACUUUAUUCUGUUGAAAAAGCACGUCUUUCCCAUGUUCAUGCGGCGUCAUCACGAAGAUCCAGCAGUGUCCAUGGAAGGAGACAUUCGAGGUGGCUCAUUGCGUGUAGAUGAUAGAGACGAUAUUGUCGUGACCUCAUCCCCUGGCUUCCUCCAACCUUUCACCGGUGAACAAGAUUGCAAUGAUGGUUUCUACUCCGAACGAACGCUACAAAGAUCUUAUGAGUUGAGUUUUGCAGCCCUGUUCAAAGACACCAAAGGACAAAAGAAGUAUGAGGCCUCUGAUGUCAUCUUGGUGGAUGGAUACGCAUAUGCGGUGUGUGACAAUUCAUGGGCUAUUUCGGCUUUUGUUGAUGACCUGAGACCUUUCUCCCCGGAAAAUAAGCAAAUUGGCGACCCUAACAGAGAAACUGAGGACUCUGGCUACGAGGCACUCUUUCACGACAAUGGCACUUUCUAUGUCCUCCGCGAGUCAGUAUUUCAUGUGGAGAAAGGCGACUUUCAUGCCAUUAUUGAAGAGUUGACACUGGGAAAAGAUGACUAUGAGAUUCAAGCAGCAUGUCGUUCCGAGUUUGUGUUCGAGGGCACGAGCAAGGGCUUUGAAGGCGUGCUGCCUAUUCGGGACAUCUCUAAUGAACUAGUGGUGUUGGCCCUCUGUGAGGGAAAUCAUUGUUCCGAAUCCAAAAAGUUUGAUCGUGGUCACGGCAUACUUGUAGCUAUGAAAAAAACUGUCGCAGAGGACGGAGUAACCUGCAGAUGGGAUACCAUUCGCCAAGUCAAUAUCCCCUCGUCGGCCAAUUUCAAAGACUAUUCGGCAAUCACCAUGGAUGAAGCAGGUCGUGUGGCUAUUUCGUCUCAAGAAGACAGUGCAAUCUGGGUUGGGACUUUGCUCGGCAAAGACGAGAGAACUGGUCUUUGGGAUCUCGACACUCUGCAUUUCGACCAAGAGGGGGGAACAGUCUACUCGUUCCCCAAGAAUGACAACUGUGAAACAAUAUACUGUAACAUUGAGGGCAUUCAUUGGAUCAACCCUGAGAUGAUCAUUGCUGUCUCUGACAAGAUGAAGAGCCGGGGAGGACAAGACUUCCGAUGUUUUGAUAAGGACCAAAGUGUCCAUGUGUUUGUGUUGCCUUGA